UGUGUCUACACGUUGAGGUCAUCAUAAAUGCUCAUGCAUGCAUGUUAGUGGGUCUGGUAUAUGUAAUGGGUCGAUUAAGUUUACGUGGGUAGUUGAUGUUGAAAUAUAUGAUUAAAAGGAUUGGGAUCAGCCCCCAUCAUUUCCCAUAAUAAUUCUUGACUUUGCUAAUCAAGACCAAAUCAAGUCCAGCAUGAUCUCGCUAAUUGCCAGCCAUAUCGCCAGCCAUUCUUUCAAUAUAAUUAGUUGUGAUUUCCUUUUCUAGCUCUUUUGUAAAGGUUAUAAAUAGCUUGUACAUAGGCUUGUUCUAAUACACACAAAUACAAAGUAUCUUAAUCUCUUCCUCAUUCCUCUGAUUAUCAUUGUUAACAUGGUAUCAGAGCAGCGUUUUUGAUCCGAAAGCCUUUGUGCUCAUCAUCUACCAGAACCAAAAAAACAAUGUCGGAAGAAGAUACCAAUAGCCUAGCUAUCCAAAUAGCCAAUCUCCUCAAAAAUGGAGUCCAAACACAAACCCAGAACCCAAAACCAAAUCCCUCUGAUAGCCUAAAAAUUACUCUCAACCUCACAAGCCAAAAUUACCCUCUAUGGGCUCGGAUGAUACGAGUCGCCAUAGGGGGGAAUCGAAAGCAGUGUUAAACCAUCUCACCCAAAAUCCACCAGAACCCAUUGAUGAACAGUGGGAACAAGAUGACUUGAUUGUCUUUUCAUGGCUGAUACAAAAUAUCGAGCCGAGCCUUGCCAGUAACCUUACGGAAUUCCCGACAGCGAAAACGCUCUGGGAUGCCCUUACGGUUACAUACAGCAGCGGCAAAGACAAACUUCAAACUUUCGAUCUUCACGUUAAGGUAAACGAGUUCAAACAGAGUGGCUUACCGUUAGAAGAAUUCUGGAUUGUGAUGCAAGGUAUCUGGGGAGAGAUUGAACGAAGAGAUCCAAACCCGAUGAAGUGCCCGACCGAUAUCGCUACUUACAAUAAAGUCAGGUCAGAAUACAAACUGUUUCAAUUUCUGAAUGCACUUGAUCGAAAAUAUGACUCCCUUAAAAGAGAGAUCCUCCGGUGGGAUCCCUUGCCGUCUGCCGAAGCUGCUUAUGCGGUUGUCCGAAAGGAAACAGCGCAUCAAAGUAUCUUCGGGAAUGUACACCAAGGGGUGGCGUCGGGUUUAAACUCAACCGGCGAAUCCGACGGGUUAGGGCUCGUUACCAGAGGACGCCGGUCAGACCAGAAAUCAAAUCAGUCAUCGUCCCGGAUCGACAAGAGCAAGUUGAAAUGUGAUCACUGUGGAAUGGCCAAGCAUACGAAGGAACAGUGUUUCAAGCUUGUGGGAUACCCGGAAUGGUGGGCCGACGGACAUAAAAAGGGCAAGGCUUCAGCCGCCGUGGGCAGUCAAGGGACCACCAGCAGCGGCGGCGGCAACCACGAUAACCAGAAGUCCACCAACAACCCAGAGAGCUUCGAAAAAGAGAACAAUGGGGGAACCUGUUUUUUUGCAGCGGACAGGGAAGAAGAAGCAGAUGGUACAGGUAUAGGGUUUGAGAUUUAUCCCUCAGACCCUUCUUUUUCUCAACAAUAUCAUAUAAAACCCAAGAAUUCCAAAGGGGCAGUUUCAAACCCCCAAUUUUUUAGCCCAAAAAUACUUGAUUUGUUAAAUAAGUUCCAAGUUUCAGAAAUUACAGAAAACCCCCCUCACAUUUCUAACUUGGAUAAAAGAAAGUCAAAAAAUCCUUGUAAUAUUGGGAAGGUUAACAUGGCAAUAAAAAAUGGAAAAAAUAAAGACUCAUGGAUCUGGGAUUGUGGUGCCACCGAUACAAUGACCUAUGAAGUAUCCGACAUGUGCUCAAUGUCGAAACCACAAAAAUCCAAGAUUCAUACCGCAAAUGGAGAAGUUCUUCAAGUAAAAGGAGGAGGAACUAUUCAAAUAUCACCAAACAUGAAACUAUCAAACUGUCUCUAUGUUCCAUCCUUAUCUCAUAAAUUGCUAUCAAUCAGCCAUGUUACAAAAGAACUAAAUUGUGUUUUGUUAAUGCAUCCUACCUUCUGUAUCUUACAGGACAUCAGGACGGGAAAGAUCAUUGGGCGUGGUACUGAGAAGCAAGGACUUUACUAUGUGGAUGAAGUAAUUCAACAAGGUACUGCAAUGCUUGCUCAUGGGUCUACAGAUAGGGAAGCAUGGUUGUGGCAUCGAAGAUUGGGACACCCAUCCAGUGGUUACUUACAUCGCUUAUUUCCUGAGUUAUUUCCAAUAAAUAAAGUCUUGAAGUGUGAGACAUGUUUUUUUGGCUAAAAGUCAUAGACACACUUUCAAAUCCAAUGAUACUAAGGUUGAUUCUCCUUUUUCAUUAAUCCAUUCGGAUGUAUGGGGCC